UCGGGAAGAUAAUGGCUUUUUCAAUGCAUUUUGCUCUUUCACUUUUACUUCUUGCACUAGAGAUCACUUCUGUCUUUUGUGUAGUAACAAAAUGUUUUGAACCAGAUCCGACGAAAGCCAAAUUCAACUAUGUCCCUCAAAGUUGUUUAUCUCCACCAAACUGGAACAAAAUUUCACACGUAUGGGGAAACUGUACGACUUUUUGGAAUCUGAGACAGUCACCUAUUAAUAUCAAGACUCUGGACACGGUGUACAUGCCCAAUCAGAAGCUUGGCUUCCAUAACUUGUGUAAAAGGGUCAAAGGCAAGGCUAUUAACAACGGUCACCAUCCAGAAUUUGAGACCACCAACAAGAAGAUCAAACUUUUCAAUGUUCCGGGUCAAGGUCAUGAUCAUUAUGUCUUCAAGGAGAUCCACGUCCACACGGGGGCGCUGGAAUCGGCGGGGUCCGAGCACUCUAUAGACAACAACUUCUCUCCGCUAGAGGUGCAUGCUGUAUUUCUAAACGAACAAUACAAUGAUCCUGACGAAGCAAAGGCAAAAUCUGGUGGUGUGACUGUUAUAGCAGUGCAAGUCCAGAUUGCAAAUGAGGAUUUUGAGAUAGGUGACAAUGUUUCUCUGGAACUUAGAGAUAAGGAGAGCAGUAAUCAACCUUGCCAAUGCGCACCAUUAGAUGUUGUUUGCAGGAAGAAAAGAUGCUUUUGCAAAGGACCAAAUGAUCUUUUCUGUAAGACAACAAAAAACCAAGCUUGUUCGGAUAAGUUUGGCGAAGGGCUAGUCUGCCGGGCUUCCGGCAUUGGAAGAUGUUCAGGUGACGAAGAAUGCAGUGGACUGAAGAAAUGCCGGCGAAAUGACUUCAUGCAGGUGAAUCAGGCGCCAAAUAAUUACUGCUCCCUCCCAAAAAUAUGUCGGGUUCGUUAUGCUCGGGAGCUGAGUCACUUGAUGGAGAAAUACUACGAGAAAACCCGACAUUACACGACUAAAACAGCACCAGACGCAAAAAAAUUUACCAGGAUUUUAGAGAACAUCACCCCUAAAGACAUCCUUCCUUACAGUUGGAACUAUUACACCUAUUCUGGAUCUCUAACAGCACCUCCAUGCUACGAAUCCGUCCAAUGGAUUGUCAUGAGAUGUCCGAUAAAAAUCUCCAGAAAGGCAUAUCAGAUGCUGCAGUUGAUGGAAGAUAUAUCGCAUACCCCGCUAAUGGCCCAUGGCAGUCGGCGACCGAUACAGCGGGGGAAAUCCGGACUCCAUCGGGUGGAAGUUUCAAGGAAUUUUCUAUGGAGCGAAGCCCAGGACGAAACUUUGUUUUGUGACGUCAAUCAUUGAUGUGCGUUUGUUUGUGUGUGUACAUAUAUUUAUUUCCAUCUCUACCUCCUGUUACUAAGUGUUUAUACCA